AUGGCAGCUUUCAACCUCACCCCCUCUGACCCUUCAACUUUUAUCCUAAUGGGCAUUCCUGGCCUGGAAGCUGCUCACCUCUGGAUUUCCAUCCCUUUCUGUAUGUUCUUCUUUAUAGGCCUAUUGGGAAAUUUCAUGGUUCUAUUUGUUGUAGGCAAAGAGCAGACCCUGCACAAGCCAAUGUACCUGCUGCUCUGUAUGCUGGCGCUCACAGACAUUGGCAAGUCUACCUCUGUCGUGCCAAAGGCACUGUGUAUAUUUUGGUUCAAUUUGAAAAGCAUUACUGUGGGUGGCUGCCUCACCCAGUCAUUCUUCCUUCACACGGUUUCUGCUAUGCAGUCAGCCGUCCUCGUGACAAUGGCCUUCGAUCGCUACGUUGCCAUAUGUAACCCUCUGAGAUAUGCCACUAUCCUCACCAAUGCACGAAUAGCUAAGCUAGGGUUCGUGGGUUUGACAAGAGCUGUUCUCAUCAUGCUGCCCCUGCCCCUGCUCCUGAGGAGGCUGCCAUUCUGUGGCAACCACACUAUCCCCCACACGUACUGCGAGCACAUAGCUGUUGCGAAGAUAUCAUGUGGGGACAUCACAUUUAACAGGACGUACGGCUUGGUGAUAGCAUUUGUAGUCAUUGGGUUAGACCUGACGCUCAUUGCUCUGUCCUACGGUGUGAUCAUCAGGGCUGUCUUCAGAAUCUCUUCCAAGAAAGCGCUCCAGAAAGCCCUGAACACCUGCACAGCCCACAUCUGUGUGAUGCUGACAUCUUAUGCUUCCUCCCUCUUCUCUAACCUGACCCACCGGUUUGGUCAGGGCAUUGCUCCACACGUUCAUAUCAUCUUGGCCAACCAUUCUUUCCUUGUCCUCCCCAUGCUCAACCCUAUCAUUUAUGGGGUCAAAAACAAAGAGCUUCGUGAUAUAGUGGGCAAAUACAUCUGGGUGAUCAUCUGGGGCCAGUGA